AUGAAGAGGGCUAUCUCGGUGGGAUCAUUAGAGGGAAAAGGGGUGAUAGAACUCGAAAACGCGAUUCUACUAAAUCCUUCUUUAUUUCCUAGAAAAGAUGUAUCCUUCGAAGAAGAUUCACCAAUUGAUCAUGAGUAUGGGAAUUUUUCACAAAAUGUAAUAAGUAAGGUGCUUAGUAGCAUAAAAGUUGUAGUGCUUUCAACCAAGAUAAACUUGCUCAUGCCUUUUGGUCCUAUGGCGAUUUUGGUAGAUAGAUUGUUUCAUAGUCAUGGUUGGGUUUUUGUUUUCAGCUUAUUAGGUAUUAUACCCUUGGCCGAGCGUUUAGGCUAUACAACCGAGCAGCUGGCCCUCUUUACUGGACCGGCAGUUGGUGGUUUAUUAUAUGCCACAUUUGGAAAUGCAACGGAGUUGAUUAUAUCAAUUCACGCCCUCAAAAGUGGCUUGAUUCGUCUUGUUCAACAAUCGUUACUCGGCUCAAUUCUGUCUAACCUGUUGCUAGUACUUGGAUGUGCAUUAUUUGCUGGUGGAUUAGUAUUUCAUAAGAAAGAACAAGUAUUUAACCAUGCAGAUACUAGUGUGGAUUUCGGAUUGUUGUUGAUGGCGGUAAUGGGCCUGCUAUUUCCAGCGGUUCUCCAUGCUACACAAACAGAAUUAGAAUAUGGAAAGUCUCAGUUAUCUCUUUCAAGAUUUACUAGUUGCAUUAUGCUUGUGGCAUAUGCUUCAUAUAUAGUGUUUCAGUUGAAGAGUCAGAAGAAUUUAGAACUUCCAGUUUAUGAGGACAAGGGUUUCGAUGAGGAUACUUCGAAUGACGCUGAAGCUCCUGCGAUUUCGAUGUGGGAAUCAAUGAUAUGGAUUUCGAUUUUAACAGGAGGUAUAUCUAUCUUGUCAGAAUACUUGGUUAAAACCAUAGAGGGGGCAUCAAAAGAAUUUCAAAUGCCUGUGUCAUUUCUAAGUGUUAUUCUUCUUCCAGUAGUUGGGAAUGCUGCAGAACAUGUUGGAUCUGUUAUGUUUGCUGUCAAAGACAAACUUGAUAUAUCGCUGGCCGUGGCUGUAGGAUCUUCAAUACAAAUAUCAAUGUUUAUGAUUCCAUUUUGCGUGGUUGUUGGAUGGAUGAUCGGAUGCCCUAUGGACUUAAAUUUUCAGCCUUUUGAAACAACUUCUCUUUUCAUGUCAGUUAUUAUAGUAAACUUCAUGUUGCAAAAUGGAAGUUCCAACUACUUCAAAGGAAUAGUGCUCAUUCUUUGCUAUUUGAUAGUUUCUGCCAGUUAUUUUGAACAUAUUGAUCCUAUGUCAGUUGAAGAUAAUCCCUCAACUGCGGUCGGUAAGAGUCAGUGA